UUAUUCGAAGAUUAUUUAGUAAAAUGCCGUUCUUGGGGUAAGAAACAGCGAUAUCGACUGUUGCAGACACCGACUGAUUGACGUCUUAUAAGCGCGUGUGUUGUUUUUGUUUUCGUAUGGAUCUCCGCCAGUUGAAAGUUCACAGUUCAGCGUUGGACUGUUUACAGGUUUAGGAGAAAAGUGGACAUUAUUUUGAACUUAGUCAGCAAAAUUGAGAUACUUUGUAUCGAUGUUUGCUUUUGUAGGCCAGUUCAUUUAUUGAAAUUUAAUAGACACGGAAACAGUUGGAAGAAUAGCAGCAGAAAACAGGGAAAUAUACCUACCGUAACGUUCAGCAUGGAUUCGACGAUGUCGGCUCUAAAUCGAAUGUCACAAUCCCUGAAAAAUCCGGCAAAAGCGAAGAAGUUGAAGCAUAAAAAACUUGAUGAAGAUUGGUUCGACAAUCAGGAACCAAUAAAGGAUGGGAUGAUGUUCAGCGCAAAAUAUCUUGGUCUAACGAUCGUUACUGAACCCAAAGGAGAGGAUGUUUCCUCGGUUGCCGUACAAAGGAUUAUUAAUACUGCAAAAGGCAAGAAAAGACCAGUACAAUUACUAGUUUCGCCAAAUGGAAUCAAAAUCUAUGAUUUAACUUCACUCCAAUUGAUCAAUGAUGUUUCCAUAAGCAGAAUAUCUUUCUGUGCAGCGCUGAAACAACACCUAAAAAUCUUUGCUUUCGUUGCUCAAAAUGCUGAAAACGAGAUGAUGGAAUGUCAUGCGUAUUUAUGCAAUACAGUUAAAGAGGCCCAAUCUCUCACAGUUACAGUCGCACAGUCAUUCAAGAUAGCUUUUGAAAUGAGCACUGAAGAAUCUACGGCCGAUGAUAAUACGGACAAUAGCAACGUGGAGAACGAAGAACCAGAUUCUGAUCUGAGAGUCAUAAGUAACGGAGAAAAAAACGGAAAAAAGACAGCACAACUGAUCAUUCCAAAUGUCAUGGAAAAGAGAUAUCAAAGAUUGUCAUCUGGUUCCAAUCCUUUCGAUACUUCAGAACAUGAAGUACCUGAAGUCCACACACCCGAGGGUAAGAAGAUUUUGAAGAGAGAAGAGAAACAAGGAGAAACAAACAGAAUUGAAGAUGUUGAAAAUAAUAUCUUCAUAUUUUCUUCGUCUCCUAAUUCAAAGACAUCGCAACCUUUGACCCCAAAGUCUAACCAACCAAUCACACCAAUACGUCCGCCACCAGCAAACACAAGACAAACCGAUAAACAAUCAACUCGAAGAUCAGUUCCAAGGCCGACCUCGUUUGGAAGUUUACCAAACUAUACCAUUCUUCAUCAGUCGGUCACGACUCCUUCACCAAAUCAGUCAACACCAGAUAUAGAAGACUGGGACCAAGGAUUUGCUGAUCUUGCCUUGUCCAGAACACAAGAUAAGCAACGAUCAGUUACAGAAUCAAAGUCUCCAAAACAGGAACCCACAGGUCAACUGAGUUCUUCAUUUCCUGCCUCAAACCCUUUCUUCAGUCCGUUUAACCCAUUUAAUUAAAAGAAACAUCUGAUGGUGAAAAACAGUAGUAGUUCCCAAACUGCAACCCGUGUAACGAGUUAAUAUGGCUUGCCGAACUUAAGUGUUCUUAAAUAGUUUAAUAACACUUUAUGUUUUUAUAUUUUUGUGUAUAAUUGUUAUAUCAUUAUCACAGUAGUAAGCACGUGUAUAUUCGUGACAAUUCAAUUAUACCGAUAUCUUAAUUAUACGGACCGGUGUUGGACGCUUGUGGGUGCUACCCUCUCCUGGCCCGCAAAUAUCUUUCCGCUUCUAAUUUUGGCCUCCGAUUAAUCAACUUUGGGAAGCACUGUUAUAGACGAAACGUUACAGAAACAUACUUGUGAGCACCCUGUUUAAUUACAGAGAGAUUGUGCAGAAAUGACAUGUUACAAAAAUUGUGAAACUGCCCGAUUGCGGGUAAUUAUUGCAUUUAUUAGCGAUGUUAAUUUCAAAUGUGUUUGAUAUAAUCAAUGUUGUUUAAAUUUGCAUAAUUUGCAUUCAUUCGCUACAGCAUGAAUGAGUUACAAAUAAAUAUUUAACCAAAUGCGGGUUGAAAAACCUUGAUAUCAUAGUACAGAUGGAUUAUACCUAUUACAGGUAUAUUGUGUGUAUUUUUACAAACUUAUUUUAAAGAACUGAUCUCCACGGAACAAUUAUUAUCAAUUACGCCAAUGAGGUACAUUUUAGAAUUAGUAAAUAAUUUGUUUUAGUAUGUUCUUCCCAAGAUCUUCAUACCGAAGGUUCUAAUACAUUUUCCUUGUUUCAAUUUUUUAAGUCUUACAGAAAUUAGUUUAAAAGUGCUAUCCAGUGUUCCCACUAAGGAAAUUUCUUGUGCGCACCUUAGUAGGAACCUUGGUGCUAUCUAUACAUUUUUGGUGCUAUAAUUUUUCUUCUACUUGAACAAAUGCCAAAAUAAAGAGGUAGCUAUUCGUUUUGAAGAUAUUUGUGCAAAAACUCUAUUGCAUUACUGUAAUCAAAGCCUUCCCCACUGCUGUUUAUCAUUCGCGUUUUAUCGCCUAUCUAUCAACUGUAAAUAUUUUCAUUUGUCGCAACCUAAUUGAAAUUUUGGUCGGUUGCUUUUUCGUGAUAAAACUUAAUGCCUGAACCACCAAUGUUGAGUUGAAUUUGUCUCUGAUAUACUCAAACAUUUGUCAAGGAUUUACACUUUCGUUGUGAUUAUUCUGAAGUAUGUGAACCAUAAUGGCGGACACCGGAACAUAGUAUGUGUACCAGGUUAGGGUUGGGCCGUAACUUCAGGUACAAAUACUACGGGAGUCACUUGGCUAGUCCCCGAACUCUUAUUAGAACUAAAAGAAGGAAAAUUGAAACAAAAUUAUAGCCAAUUCUAACCUGUUACACAUACUACGUUCCAGUUUUUGCCGUCUUGGUUCACAUAUUACGGGAAUAGACUACGGGAAUAAUCUUUCUUGUCCAUAUAUUGAAGGCGUUGCCCUCUUGUUUUCCAUAUUUUAUUGCCUUUUUCAUGAGAAAACUUAAAUUUAACAUUGUUUUUCUGUAUUUUAUUGCCUUACUUCACUGACAUAUCCUUUCUGUAAACACUUCAUUUCUUUUCCAUUAUAAAAGACGUAGUCAGACGUGUUUACGUUUUCAUUUUUUUUGUUUAUUCGAGUUGCAGCUUAUUUGUAAAUAUGUUUCUAUUUCUUUUACUGUUGUAUUAUUUGCAAUCAUGCUUUUCACAUUUUUUUUCUUUAUUUUAUGUAUCACGUUACUAAGAUUAUAUUGCAUUCCCGCAAUUUUAAAGGAUGGUAUUUUUACGAUAAAAAUGAAAUAUUUUUGUGUUGGUGCGUAGCAAGACUCUUGAAUGUCAAAGAAUAGUUUGUUUUGCCCUUCGCUAGCUUCAAUAACAUGAGCAGGGGUUCUCGAACUUUUAAGCCGGGCCCCUAUUUUAGAAAUUGUCACGUAUGUUUUAUUCAAAAAACACGCUGAAAAUACCUGGAUGAGACGUAAAUGAUGAAAUGAAUGAAAAGUUUUAAAAACAAACAAAUUUGUCACAACAUCUCUUUAAACAAUAAAGAAAUGUAAAUAUCCAAAAUAAGGGAGGCAAGAUCAAAUUUAACAAAUAUUUUUAAUUAGCCUCACGGCCCCUCUAAAAAUUGUCUUCGCCCCCUCGUGUGGCGCCCCACCGUUCGAUAACUAAUGAAGUUCCUGGUACAUAUUUGUGGUAUAGUGAGCAACGAGACUCACCAAUUUUGAAAUUGUGACUUUUACUAUUACUCUGCAUUCUUAUUUUACUUAUGUAUUUGCACUUUGUUUUAAUACUCAAUAAUAUUACUAAUAGUGGUUACUUUUUUUAUACAUAUACUCAUAUCUGUGUGUGUUUUAUGUGAAUGCAAUGAUACCUUGGUAACUCGGUAGUCAAACAACUCGAUACUCGAACAAUUCUGUAUUGACCAAAAAAUGCUGCGGUCUUGAACAAGAAUUCUGUACUCAAACACCUGAGGGUGCCACCGUGUGAAAUAACGCCACCCGAACCAAGCAUCUUUGCUACUGUUUCGGUACUAGAACAAAUCGUUAGUCAAACGCUAAUCCUGACGAAUUAUGUCCGACUACCGAGGUCCAACUGUAUGUGCUUUAUUUAUGUGUUUGUAUGUGAGCGAUACUUGACAACGGUGCUUUUACUAGAAGAGUAAGAGAUCAAGAGUACAAAUCUUAUUCAGUCCCUUGCUCAUCCAAGUCUCACCUCCUCACUCUGUUUGUGAAACAUCAAAAUUGUAAAUAUACUAAAUUUUCGCAUUGCAAGGUCUGUACUCCCGAAUGUGAACCACGAUGGCGGACACCGGAAAGUAGUAUGUGCACCUGGUUAGGGUUAGGCCAUAACUUCAGGUACAAAUACUAAGGGAGUCACUUGGCUAGUCUCCAAACUUGUAAUACAACUAAAAUUGGAAUAACAUUAUGGCCUAACCAUAGCCUGGUACACAUACUACGUUCCUGUGUCCGCUAUCUUGGUACACAUACUACGUUCCUGUGUCCGCCAUCUUGGUUCACAUACUUCGGGAGUACCGCAAGAGCUACAUAGUAUAACACCAUUUUAUGCCAUCAGACUUGUUGCCACAACAUCAUGCAAACUAUAACAGCAAAUCUGAACAAAUGGAAAUUUAGUCCAAAUUCAUGAAAAGAUUUUGAAUGAAUAAUUUUCACAUCUCUAGUAUACACUCCAAAAAUCUUUAAGUAUUUUAACUGUUUUAUCUGUAUAAAGACUCUCAGCAAUAUACAGCCUUUUAGUUGCCACUUAUGGAUUAUUCCGACUCUGAAAAACUUGCCUAAUGGGGUAAUAAUUUGGGCGCUCCUGAAGUAUGUGCACCAAGAUGGUGCACAACCUGAACCCUAACCUGGUACACAUACUAUGUUGAGAAUAUGCGCUAUCUUUGUGCACAUACUUCUGGAGCUCCUUUAUUUGUUCCAAAAUCAAUAAUAACCAUAAUAUACACUCCAAUAUUUUCAAAGUAUUUAACCAUUUUUUAUAAUAACGACAUGUUACUGCAGCAUUGCACAUUCCUCCUAUACUUAACACAAAUCAAAUAUUCACAGUCAUAUUGCAUUAGCUCCCUUAGCACUUGUAUAUUCUCAACAGUAAAGUCAUUUCAAAGUAUCUGGAGAGGAUCUGACUCCAUUUUGAGUCCAAUCAAACCCUUUUUAGUUGAUAUAUUCAAGUUCAGAAUAGUUUCAUCUAAAUAAAAUAUAACUGUUUUCAAGUUGAUUUCUUCCUGAAUGGCCAGUAAAGUUGUCAUUAAUUUCUAACAACUUGAAUUCAUUUCAAGAUUCUCUGGAGAGAAUCGCACUCCAUUUUAGGUCCAAUCAAAUCGUCACAAUUUCAAAGAACUGCCUUUUUACUUGUUCUGUUUAAGCCCGUUCAUGAUAGUUUCAUUCAGAAAUAAUAUAUCAUUUUAUUUUGUCCAAUCGAUUUCUUCCAGAAUGUCUUCAUUGAAUUUCUAGCAAUCAAAAAAAAAGACAAAUACCUAAAUCAUUAUUUAGUGUUAUCAUGUUGACUUCUAUGUGCUCUGUUUGCUUUUAAUUUAAAAGAUAUUCAAUAUUUGAAAGUAUUAUUUCAAAACAAAUUCGAAAUACCGUAUUUCUCGGCGAAUAAGUCGCUUUUCUAGACCCAUAUUUUUGGCCUGAUUUUGGGGGGGGGCAUCUUAUUGGCGAGUAUAAUAAUUUUCAUUUUUUCGGGUCGGCGUAUUAUUCAAUUCGAACCAUAAAAUACCUUGGGCGAUAGCAUCCCCAUAACGUCCCGACCAGGUCAGUUUAAAUAAAUCUCAAUCUCGCGCUGUGAAUCUGGAAUUUCAACGCUGUGAUUAUCAUAUUUGAAGUUUGUGCACUGCAUUUGUGUGUGCAUCACAAGUGAAGUGCUAUUAUCGAUACCUUACCUUGGGCACAAUUAGAUUAAAAUUGAAAACAUUUUGCAUUCCCGUAGCUGUCACGGACUGAAUAUUACGCUACAUGAAACGUCUUUAUAGGAUAUUUUAACGAAUGCGCAAACAUGGGGAAUGAUCAGAAGCCGUUGCAUAGUAAUCUGAGACUCCGAUUUUGAUGCGAUUUCACUGCCCGUCUUAUAUGGAGGUUAUGUGCGAAAACCCAUUUUUAGGCUUAAAAGCAGGGCUCGUCUUAUUCAUUGGGUAGACUUAUUUGCCGGGAAAUACGGUAGUUGAUUAUUUUGACUUUGACACUACUAUAUUUUCCUGGUGCUCCCGAAGUAUGCGAACCAAGAUGGCGGACAUCGGAACUUAACAUGGGUAACAGGUUGGGGUUAGGCGAUAAUUUCUUUCCAAUUUUCCUUAUUUUAGUCCUAUUAUUAGUUCGAAGACUAGCCAAGAGCCUCCCGUAGUAUUUAUACCUAAAAUUAUGGCCUAACCCUAACCUAGUACGCAUAUUACAUUCCGAUGUCCGCCAUCUUGGUUCGCAUACUUCGGGAGCCCCAUUUUCCUGGCAGUGAAGUCAUAUCUAGGCCAAUCAAACCUACAUUGCUUUGGAAACCCUUACUGUGUUGAGCAACUUAGCUACUUAACACAAUAUGUAUCUUCAAGUUUUCAGCAUUUUUAAAUUCAAACUUCUUGAAUAUUGACUUACUCAAUUUAGACAAAAUAUUCAAUAAUUAAAAAUACUAUUUCAAAACAAAUUCAAAAUAUUUGAAUAUUUCGGUUU